CUGGGCGCUCCCGGCAUCCCUUGCGGGGCGGCGGUGGCGGCGGGAUAUAAGGAGGGGACGGCGGAGAGUGGUGUGAGUUGGAGGAGAGAGACGUGACGGGGAGCCGGGCCGGAGGCCGCCACCGCCGCCAUGCAGGAAAUCAUCGCCAGCGUGGACCACAUCAAGUUCGACUUGGAGAUCGCCGUGGAGCAGCAGCUCGGGGCACAGCCGCUGCCCUUCCCUGGCAUGGAUAAGUCGGGGGCUGCUGUCUGUGAAUUCUUUUUGAAAGCUGCCUGUGGCAAAGGGGGCAUGUGUCCAUUCCGCCACAUUAGUGGUGAGAAGACAGUUGUGUGCAAACACUGGCUGAGAGGACUGUGCAAGAAAGGGGACCAGUGCGAGUUCUUGCAUGAGUACGACAUGACCAAGAUGCCCGAGUGCUACUUUUACUCCAAGUUCGGGGAAUGCAGCAACAAGGAGUGCCCCUUCCUGCACAUCGACCCUGAGUCCAAGAUCAAGGACUGCCCUUGGUAUGACCGCGGCUUCUGUAAGCAUGGUCCCCUGUGCAGGCACCGGCACACUCGGAGAGUCAUUUGUGUGAAUUACCUCGUUGGAUUCUGCCCUGAGGGACCUUCAUGUAAAUUCAUGCACCCUCGAUUUGAACUGCCCAUGGGAACUACUGAGCAGCCCCCACUACCACAGCAGACACAGCCUCCAGCAAAGGUAUUGUACCCUGGUUGCUCCUGGCCACAGUGGCCUCAUUAUCCACUCAGUGUGAGGUCUGCUAUAAACCCCCCUGGGGGUGGGGGGGCUUGUGAGGAGGGUAAAGGGGGAAGCAGGAGAGAGGCGAUGUACUCUCUCAUUGCAACAGAAAAAUCAGAGCGAAGCAGUUUGCUUCUUUUAGAAAUGGAGGGCAGCAAGCCCCAGAGCAGGUGGGAGAUGGGUCCAUGUAGCAGAAUCAUUGUAAACAUGGACUGUGCAGUUCUGGCUCAGUGGUGUCUGCCUUGGGAACUGAGCCAGGGCACAGGGACUGGGCCCACAUUGGCUGUUCUUGCUUCUGAGCCAGAACCUUCCCUUUACAAAGGAAGAAACUUGGCCUUCUGGAGGGAGGGAUUUACCUGAUGGGUUACUGUCAAGCAGUGGCAGAAAUAAGAGCAUGACCAAGAUUGACUGAUAACUGGUUAGUGUCAGCAUGGCUCCAGUGGGGAUUACUGUCACAAACAGGAAUAAAAGAUUAGCCAGCCCCACAAUCUAGUCAGUGUUUAUCCCUAAGCACAAGGAAAGAGGGAAGUGCCAUGGAUAAACGGGGAUGUAUAGUAGUACUCAAACCAGGGUACCCUGGGCUUGCUGACAGGAGUGGGCCCAGAGGAAGGGCUGGCCUGCAUGACAGGCAGGGCCUUCAGCACCUAUACAUAAGCUGACUGCACUCCAGAAGCCUCACUUCGGCUGGCUGGCUUUAAGUCAGGAACCAUGUCCCCUUUCAGUCCUUCCAUUGCCAGAGCCUAAAGGGGCUGCACAGACCCCACCCUUAGGAGAUGGUGGCACCAAGCAAAUCAGACUUCCUGAGGAGAGCCAGGCAGUCCCUGGCACAAGUGCAGCUUAUAGCCUGGGGGUUCCUAGCUCUAGCCUGACAUUUCCUGGGUCAGAGCCAAGAUCCCAUCUGGUUGGAGGUGCCUAGCUCUGGAAUCCCCACCUAAGAGCCCCACUCCCCUUUCCCAUGUGACUCCCUAGAGGAGGGCCCUCUCAGCCCUAGACUGCAGGCCAGUGUGUCAGGCUCCAACUGUUUUUCUGUGACUGUUGCUCGCCGUGUAGGCUGCUAAACAUCUGGCUGAACCAAGCGUUCAUCCUGACCUGAAGCUAGAACCUCAAACAAAAGUAAGGCCUGAUCAUGCCCUCACCCCACUGCCCAGAGACUUCCUCUCGUCUCUUCCAUGUUUUCUUUUCUACUUUUAGUUCUUGUCUUUGUGUGUCUGCAUGGUGUUUUUCAGACAGCAGCUCCUGCCAUCAUCACCAGAACCUUCUUUUCGGCCCACUCUCCUGGGGCAGGCCAUUGCAGAAGCCCUCUUCCUGCUGGUCAUGCGGGAGAGGUCCCGUCCUCUUUUUUUCUGUCCCCAUUGGUAGUCCACGUGCACGUGUUUUCCGCAGUAAAACCGUGUUGUGUAACUCUUUCCAGCAAAGUAACAAUCCGCCAUUACAAAGGUCGUCCUCCUUGAUCCAGUUAACGAGUCAGAACUCUUCUCCCAAUCAGCAGAGAGCCCCGCAGGUCAUUGGGGUCAUGCAGAGUCAA